AUGGAAUCUGGCGCCAUACCCAAUGACAGAAUCACCGCAUCCUCUUACCAUUAUGAUGCUGCUCACGCGCCCUACCGCGCUCGGUUGAACGGAGUUGCUGGUGUGGGCUCCUGGUCAGUCAGAUACAACAGAAUCGGGGAAUGGUUACAGGUGGAUUUAGGAGAAAUGAAGACCGUCACAGGCACCAUCAUCCAGGGUCGGUAUCAUCAUACCAACCAGUGGGUGACCUCCUACAAACUACAGUACAGUGUAGAUGGUCUUAGUUGGAUCAUGUAUGCAAGUAGCGAUGGCUCCGAAGAGGUGUUUCCAGGCAACACCAACAGGUACACUCCCGUAACCAACCUGCUGGACAGUCCCACUGAUGCCCGGUACGUGCGUUUCCUGCCUCAAUCCUGGUAUGGACAUAUGAGUAUGAGGGUGGAGGUUCUAGGCUGCAGCAUUAACGGUAGGUUUCUGUUGAAAGUCGUUGCAUUGGCACUUGACUCCUUGCUUUUUUUUACCUUCACUUGGACUUGGACUAGAGACAAGCCAUGA